AGUCUUGUACAGACACUCGCCAGUUGUGGUUGGACCUGGCUCUGGGAAUUUUGAGGUCCUUGGAUCGGGUCCUCUGUAGGAAAACCUAGUUCUAAGCUUAAGUGGAUUUUGGUGGAAAGUUUAGGAUUUCUCAAGUGCCAUGUGAGGGAUUGUAGUUAUUUUUAAAGAUACAAUGUGAACUUUUAAGUAGUUUAUCGAACUCUAUUGGAAGAUGUAGUCUUAGUAGAUUUUCUAGUCUGAAUCAGUUCGUCGGCCAUUUUGAAUUCAGGCCAAGACGGUGGAAAAUUUCUUAUCGCGACAUCGAGCCUGGAAGGACGACGUAGAAAGGGAGAAAUCAAACAUGGUGGCCGAAUCGAAAAGUGGGCUUGUGGUGCAAUCAUAGGAAGCGAGGUGCAAUUCGAUUGAAAGUGAUUUGCGACGGGAUCCAAGACACCUGGGAUGGUAAAGUUAAAUCGAAACGUCAAAGUGUUGAAUAAUAAAUAGGAGUGCAAGUGUUCUAAAGAUCAAAAUGAGUCGUUCUUCGCCCCCUUUCACGGUAGUGACCAGUGCUAGUGCAAGUGGUUCGGUAAUGGUUCCCCUCGAACAGUACGAAACGGAUCAAACUGACCAGAUCUCGGCAAUGCGUCAGCUCAAGCGGAAACACAGUGAAGAGCGCUUCCAGGCGUAUCAUUAUCAAGACCAAGGUCAUUCGAUUCACAAGGUUCGCAAGGAUAAUCACCUGCAGUUGCAAGACGUGGAUCAUUUCCAUGGGUUUGGACAGGCGUUCCAUGGUCCGACUCCGGAGUUUCAAGUAAUUGCCGCAAGUGACGGUAAUAAUAAUCAGAAUCACAUCCACCAAGAACAACAGCAACUUGGUUACAUCUAUGAAGUGUCCGGAAGUGCAAGCGUUCCAGCAAUUCCGGUUCCGGAAUCGCAAAUGAUCGCCCAGGAAAUUCCCACUUCCAGCAAUGGGAUUGUGCUGACCGAUAUCAGUUCGUCCACGUGGACCAGCACCCAAGAGUUGCUGGACUUGGAUCGGAAGCCGACCCUGACUAUCCAAACCGAUAGUCACCACGCGUUUCCGAUAGUUAGCGCCGAUCAUCAUCAUCAUCAACAACUCCAGCAGGACCUGCUCAAUCACCAUAAUCAUCACCACCAUCACCAACCUCAUCAUCAUCAUCAGCAGCAGCAACUUCAGCACCAACAGCAGGGUAAUUUCCACGUUCAUCAAGCGGUUCACCCUCAGUGUGGGAGUAAUCACACGAAAACGCAAGAACUGACGAUCGUUACGUCCAGCAGCUGUGGCAGGACUUCGACGGCUGCUUCAGUCGCUGGAGUUGGCGCGGGGAAUGUUAGACGAGUACAACCACCAGUCACCCCUGAAGCGCCAGAAGACAUAGAGGACAAGAAUCUAUCCUGGUUGUUCAACUUCAAGCUGGAAGAUCUUCCUCAUCUGUCACCGGAAGCCAAACGCAAGCAAGCACCGAAAAAUGGCACCGGUCCGUCAUCGGGAGGUCCAACGGCCACCUCUACAUCAACUUCAACAACGGCCCUCGGAGUUCAUUUGGAAUCCGACUCGGGCCUGGAUCAAACCACGGCCAUCGAAGAAGACGACAUGAACGUGGCGGAAAACGUUACUAUCGAAAACAGUGCUGCUGCUGCAUCGGCCGCCACUGCUAAAGUGACGAAAAAGCCGCCGUUCACCUAUACCGAACUCAUCGAGUAUGCCCUGGAAGAUAAAGGAGAACUCACGGUUUCCGGCAUCUACCAAUGGAUUUCAGACCAUUUUCCGUUCUACAAAUCGAAUGAUGAUCGGUGGAAGAACUCGGUUCGUCAUAACCUCUCGAUCAACCCACAUUUCCGGAAAGGUAAUAAGGCACCGCAAGGAGCAGGCCACCUGUGGACCAUCUCCAGCAGGGAUUCCGAAGCAAAUUUCCUAGCAUGGGAGCAUAAACGCCAACGAUUAGAGUUGUUCUUCAAGAUGGAAGCAGCAAAUGCCAAAACCCAGAAAGAUCCUCCACCAGGAUCACCGACUUCGGAGGAAAUAGCUGCGGCAACUGCCAGUUUAGCGCAGUACGAGCCACACUCUCCCGGUCAGGUACCCGUUAAUGAGUCCUUAGAUUACCGCCACGCGCAGCCGGGCUCAUCCGGACAGAGUCUACAGCCACCCCUGGGCGCCCAACAGCCAAUGUAUGCCAAUAUCCCGAACAAUCAAUUUGAGGUCGUUCAAGGUGAGGAACUGAAACGAUCAGCCGGUGAAAUUCUGAACGGCGUUCGACGAAACGUCGAGGUUCAGAUUGUCCAUCCGAUCAAUUCAAACAACUUCCAGGCGUAUGCAUUGCUUGAUUCCGACUACUAUCUAGCGGACUAUUUGAAUCCUGUUUCAAAGGAGGAAAUAGUUCAGGAGUGCGGACUUCGAUCGGCUACAGGUCACCGUUCCGACGCCGUGCCGCCAACAGACUACUACAUCACCACGAUCGAUCCUAUCGAACUGGGCAUCAACAUGAGCUCCAGCCAGGACGAGGACCAAAUCCUGUUUGAGGACGAUUUCAAUCUCAACUAUUUCGGAAACAACAUUAUGACUUGACGACGUGCUGUCGGUUCUAGCACCAGCAAUGUCCUUCCGGCAAUUGUCCAACAAUGUGGAGAAGAAGCGGCUCCCCAUGAAGUUGUAACAGUCGAAGGCUCGGGGUUUGUCAACAUUGUCGAGCACGGUUUGGACAAGUCAGGAAAUCACGUUUGAACAAAAGUUACAGUGAGAAGUGUGCGUGAAGUGCAACCGAUUUCUAGUCCGUGUGAUUGUAUUCCGUUCAGAUUUUGUUGCGUUCAGUUUGCGUUAGUAAUAUUUUUUUAUAUAUAAAAUUAGAGGAUAAUCAUAGUUGUACAUUGAAUACCAACUUCUAAUCAUGUAAAUAGUGUUAGCUGGUCACGUGCGUUGGCACCGCAAAUAACAGUUCUAGUCAAUGGAUACGAGUCGUAGUCUCGUUUCUGUGGAUGCGUGAAGAAUAUGCGCAUCGUCGGGAAACGGGAUCGAUAAGAAAUGUGCAAAAUCUAUGUACAAAUUACAACUCAAUAAAUAUAUAAUCAUGAUCAUCUUGUAA